CGACGACAAUAUUAACCUUACCUGAAUGGAAAUGUUCGCUUUAUAUCCUAGAGUUGCUAGUUGCUAUUCUGCUUCUCGCUUCACUGCUGCAAUCCAGGCGCGUUUCUCGGAAAUCUAACCCUUUAAUUUCCGAUUAUUUAUAAAUGAAUGUUAGUUCCAGCCCAGAGGGAGCACCGAACCUCUGAGCAACAAGGAUCUCAAUUUGAAUUUUGACAAUUUAAACAGCAGGAUUAAAUAAAUUAUCGCAAUCCUACUGUGUAUCAAGCGCCUGCCGCCAUUGUUUUGAAUGCGCUCGAACAUUAACCGGAAACGUCCGAGGACCAAAGACGUCACUUCCUUAAACAGCCGAAUAGCCGAGAUUAAACCAGAGCCGUUGAGAAACAGAGUUGCGACAACGGAAGUUCAAAACGCUCGAUCGUCACGUGAUUCACGUAGACCUCAAAUAGUUGCAGGAAGUUCAUAGCGGGCAAUUGGAAUACAUUGAGACAGAACUGCGAUUUUUGGUAAUUGGUAGACAAUAAAAUAAUUUAUUUACAUUAUUUAUAAAAUAACGUAUACUUAGCAUAUGUAGCUGUAUCAGUGUUGUUUUUAAAAGAUCAAAUCCACUAAUAUUUGAGGAUUAAUUUGGUCAGCUAUCCUUACCUGCCUUGUUAACAUAUUUUAGGCUUAAGUUACCAUUGUAAAAGUCCAUGUUACAUAAAAGUGUAUCAGAUACUCCUGUCCACCCUCUCAUCACUGGGCAUCACUGGCAUUCCACUUCGCUGGUUUGAAUCCUAUCUCACUGAUGAUCCAACGGUAGCUGCACGGAUCUCAGGCUGCCUGGCGGACAUCUCGGCAUGGAUGAAAGAACAUCACCUGCAGCUCAACCUGGCAAAGACUGAGCUUCUUGUCCUCCCUGCCACUCCGACUCUACAGCAUGACUUCACGAUCCAGUUAGGUUCAUCAACAAUAACCCCAUCAACUUCGGUCAGAAAUCUUGGUGUAAUCUUUGAUGACCAGCUGACCUUCAAAGACCACAUUGCAAAGACUGCUCGAUCUUGCAGGUUUGCACUACACAACACCAGAAAGAUCAGGCCCUUUCUGACGGAGCAUGCUGCACAACUUCUUGUCCAGGCCCUUGUCAUUUCUAGGCUGGACUAUUGCAAUGCUCUUCUGGCUGGACUUCCGUCAAACACAGUCAAACCUCUACAAAUGAUUCAGAAUGCAGCGGCACGACUGGUCUUCAACGAGCCCAAAAGAGCCCAUGUUACACCUCUCUUUAUCUCCCUGCAUUGGCUACCAGUCGCGGCUCGCAUCAAGUUCAAGACACUGAUGCUUGCAUAUAGAACAACCACAGGCUCAGCACCCGCCUACAUGCACUCUCUAUUAACAAACUACAUCCCCUCCAGAAAUCUGAGAUCUGCUAGUGAGCGACGCCUCGUGGUAACAUCACAGAGAGGCUCAAAAUCACUCUCCAGAACAUUCUCGUUCACCAUUCCUGGCUGGUGGAAUGAUCUUCCCACCCCUAUCCGGAGUGCUGGAUCCCUGUCAAUCUUCAAGCAACAACUGAAAACUCAUCUCUUUCGACGGCACUCGACUUCAUCCUACACUUAAAAAAAAAAAAAAAAAAAUUCUCUUUACUUAUUCCUUCCUUUGGUAGUUUGUAUUUAUUUGAACAAUGCCUGAGACUUGGUGUUGCAAGCACUUCGUCUGUCUGAUUGCCUCUUCAAGAUGAAUCGCUUUAUGUAUUCCCCAAUUGUAAGUCGCUUUGGAUAAAAGCGUCUGCAAAAUGACUAAAUGUAAAAGACAUCGUGGUCUCUCUCUAUAGGUGUGUUCGAUUUCAUGCGGCGCCAUGAAAACCGAUCGGCGGCUGACUUGAAGAAGUGCAUGCCGGUUAGAAAAUUUGUCCGACUUGAACCGGCGCCGACGCCACGUCAGUCACGUGUGGCAUCAAAGUACCGCGAGAGCGUUUCGAGAGCAGCCGGCUGACUCAGCUCGCCCAGUUUCUCCAGAGCAACUGCAGGAGCGCUGAUGACGACACAGCUGCUUCACCAUUGGCCAAAUUCACCACAUGACAACAAUGAUGUGUGUUUCUAACAUCUUCAAUUCCAAUACAGCUCACAAAUAUUAUUUUACUAGGAAAAUAUCACAAUCGUGUGAAAAAAUGGAAGCUAAGCCAAACUUUGAACAUUUUAAACAAAUGGUACUACUACAUUAGAGAAAAUUAAGAAUAAAAAAGCAAGAAAGACCUAUGAAGCUUUUUGUUAAUUUAAAUUGUUGUAAUUUUACUCUUGGCAUGAAUUGUUUCACUUUACAUAUUCUUAUGAAUGUUUAUUUGUUUUUGUACUUGUUGUGAGUUGUAUAUGCUUGUACAAACCUUUGUAUAAUUUUUGCAUAAAAAUAAAAUAAAUACUGCCCACAAAUCUGUUUUUAGAACAGUAAAAGCUUUUUUUACUGUAUAGUCACAAUGUUAUAAUGAGUCACAUUUAAUAAUAAAAAAAAAACACUGAUAAAGGCUUAUUGGUAUUUAAAUAGUACAUGUUUAUGUUGAACUUUAUUCUUGAAUAGAUGGCCCUGUAUUAAGUAGUAUAUAAAAAGUGUUUCUGUUGCUCAUGAAAACAUUUCUGAAACGUCCGUGCAUUUGACAAAUAUUGCAUGUUAUUCACUUCAUCUGUGAUAAGAGUAUCCAAACACCGCGAGAGCAUCACUACCGGGAGCAGAAAGAGUCCGACUUCACGUCUCCGCUUUCAAUUCCGCCCCCGACUGCAAGCGGCUGCUCUCGCCGAUAGGUCUGUGCGGCGCUGCAUGAAGUCGAACACACCUUUUGGCUCUGAAUUGAACUAUCGCUAAGCCCUUCCCCUCGAACGCAGACUAGCCAAUGGCAGUCGAGUAUCAGUUGCACGGGAAGUGGAACUUGGACAUCUUUAGGUUUCAGCGCCAUAGAGAAACAUUGGAAGAUCCAAAGCUUGCAUCGGUUUUAUGGGGUUUAUGUUUAAAAAAUGGAAAAACGAUGUGCCUGGGGUACUUGUAACACUCAUUCCAGGUAUCCUGAGAGGAUGGGCAAUAUAAUUGAUUUUAUUACAUUUCCUGAAUCCAAACAAAACAAAGCAAAAUGUCCCUAAGUAUUCACCCCAAUACAAAUGAAGACAAAAACGUUCAUUUUCUGGUUGUCAUACACUCAUUAAGUUACAAUUUUCAUCUGCUCAAGCAGGUGUAGGGCAUUACUGUCUCCUAUAAACGUUUGGAACUCCCAUGGCGAAGGGAAUGGCGGACAAAAGUUACCUUGACAACGUUGCGAGUUGUUGCAAAUGAAUAUUUCUGCUUAUUGUUAUUAUUUUAUUCAAAUACAGUCUAAUUGUGUCUUAUUUACUAUUAAACUUUUUCAAACUAAACUUGC